AUAUUAAACAAUUGAUGGCUCUAUCGCAAGAUGGACGAUAAGUCGUCAAUAAAUUAACCUGUAUCUGCAUCUUUAUUUAUAUUCUAUUCGAAACAAUUCAUUCAACAAAGAAUUAUUUCACACUAGCUUUGUUUAAAAUACGCCUUGUCGAAGUACCGUGUGCGGAGCAAAAAUUUUUUCUCUAUUAAGUAAUUCAGUCAACUUACAGCAUUCGCAAAAUCGAAGUUAUUACAGUGAAUGACAUAAGGUCAAUCAUAUAUAAUUAAACCUAAAGUAACUCUAAUUAAACCUUCUGAAUCUUUAAGCACAUUCAUCAUGUCAACAUCGAAAUAUCGUAUGAAAGUUCAAAUAUUAUCUGAUCAACAUGAAUUUGUGGUGCCAAAGAAAGGUAUCAAAGUACCAACGGAUAUAAUAAAUUGGCUAAAUUCAGAAGCAUACUUUGAAUAUUUAGGAUUUAUCUUGAUAUUGAGUGAAGCAGUUGAAGGAUUAUCUUUGGACGCAGAAUGUUCAGAGUCUCCUGUAGUUAAUACUAUUGUACAGAUGUUAAAUAACUUUGAUGAAUGGAUAACAGAAAUUCCACCUACUGAACAACCUCAAAGAUUUGGUAAUAAAUCAUUUCGCACGUGGCACGAAAGAUUACAGCAGAAUGGAGCUGAAGAACUAAAACAAGUUUUGCCAGAAAAAUUGCAUCGGGCAGUCCCAGAGAUAGUUCAAUAUUUAUAUGAAAGUUUUGGCAAUCCAACUCGUAUAGAUUAUGGCACUGGUCAUGAAAUGGCCUUUCUUAUGUUUCUCUGUUGUAUGUUCAAGAUUGGUGCAUUUAAGGAAGAUGACAAAGUUGCUGUUGUCACAAAAGUCUUUAAUAGGUAUCUUGAAUUAGUACGUAGACUUCAGUUGACAUAUCGUAUGGAGCCAGCAGGUAGUCAUGGUGUUUGGAGCUUGGACGAUUACCAAUUUGUACCUUUUAUAUGGGGAAGUGCUCAAUUAAUUGGACAUCCUCGGAUAGAACCACGUCACUUUACAGAUCAAGGUAUUGUGCAAUCUUACAGUAAGAAAUUCAUGUUCCUUGGCUGCAUCGAAUUUAUUUCAAAGGUGAAGAUAGGACCUUUUGCUGAACAUUCAAAUCAGUUAUGGAAUGUCAGCGCUGUAUCUUCAUGGUACAAAGUAAAUAUGGGUCUCAUCAAAAUGUACAAAGCAGAGGUAUUAUCGAAGUUUCCCGUUAUCCAACAUGUCCUUUUCGGUUCUUUGCUGCCGUUAACGCCAAUGAAAGCUCGUUCGAAUUAUAAAAAAACUUGUCUCAAUGAACCAUUAUCAGACAAGUCGGAAUAACGAAAUUAUAUACUGAAGAGAUAAAUGAUAAAUAUGUUUGUUACUGUGUGGUUCGUUACCAUACUUCCUAGUAUUUAUAAUAAAAUUGUUCUUAUUAUCUCUUCCUAUAGUGCUUCAGUGAGCUUUGACUAAUUUUCUCUGAUUUUAAUCUGUUGAUUAAAUGCAUAUAUAUUUAAUAUAUACGUGCAGAAAGAAAUAUCUGUCACAAAUAAUAUUAAAGUUAUAAAAUUUAACAAUGUAAUGCAAGCUCUUAAAAAAAUUGUGUAUUGUUACAUACAUAAAAAGUGUAUAUUAUAUAUUUCUAUUUGUCAUUUAAUUUGUAUCUUAUGUGAACAUUGAUCAAUAUUUCAAUAAAGCUAAAUGAUUUA